AUUUUUUUAGUGAUAUGAGCUAAACAUGCCAACAUAAUCUUUUGCUAAUUCAACUUGUACGUUUUUCUAUGUGUCUUGCACAGGCUCAUCAAAUGCUCGUCUACCAAAUUUAUCAUGCGAACACGAACACAAAAUGUGACACAGAUAAAAAACCGUGUGUAGUUUCAUGGCUAUUUUGUUCGAGCUGUUGAGUUUAGCUCUUAAGCCUCUCGUAUUAGCUAAACUUUCGUGUCAAAUUAGUGCCCAAAUUAUGUGCAUCAUCAUUCAAACAUGGCUAGAUGUGUUGAGGUUUGCCUUGAGUUUGCAUUUAAUUAUACUCACUCGAGUCGCAAUUUGGGCUCUAUCGGCAUUAACUCUACCCGCACGAGCUUUCACGGCCCUUUACAGAGAGAGGCUGCUUGAGAUGCAAGUCUAUAGACUGAAAAACGAGUUAGAAAGCGUUAUCUUGGAUAGGAAAGAAGCAGAGGAAAAACUUCGUGAGGCCAUCGAAGAACUUAAAUCAAUGGAGAUGUUACUAAUGGAGCUUGAGGAAGAACACGACGAAGCCAUCAUGAAAGUCGAAAUGCUACAAAGAGAGGUCCAUGACUUGAAAGAUCACACGGUGGCCGAAAAUUUCAUUAAAUCACCUUCAAAAUCCGAUAAUUGCGAAAAAAUCGCAAUAUAUCGAAGCCCCAUAAAAAACGGGUCGAAUAUUUACGGUGCUCAAAGUCAAAGGGAUGUUGCUCUGUAUCGAAGCCUAUUUAGUACGGUAUUAUCUCUUACGGUUGGUUUCGUAAUGUGGGAAGGAGAGAAUAAUUCCAUGCCUUUAGUUUUGGCACUUUUUACGGUGGUUAUAAUUUCUUUGAUGAGUGUUGCUCGGUUAUUUGGGGUGAACGAGAAUAAACCGGCUUCGGAUGCUAUUGCUCUCUUGAGCCUCAACUGGUUUGUGCUCGGGACAAUAUCGUGUCCUAUUUUGCCGAGGAUCGCUCGUUUUUUGGCGGCUUUAACGUUGAGUUUCGUUUAGAAUGUGCUUAGAUGGGUUGGUCUAUGUGUGUGUGUGUGUGUUUCUCAGGACUUUGAAUUGAAGUCUUCUUUGUUCUGUUUUCUCUUGUUCUUGUUUUUAGGUUAUCUUUCAGUUUGGUCAGUGUGCUACUCUUGGUGACUUUUUUCACAGGUUAUAGAGUGACGUAAGUAUUGUCAUGUCUGGUUUUUAAGUGUUUG